AUGAAAACACUUGGAUUAGCAACAUGGAAAAAAAAAAAUUCUUACAGAAAAUUCAGAAAAACUUACACAACCCGAAUCUCUAAAGAAUAUGUAGAAGCAUUUACUCCUUGUUUUACUGGCUUUAUUAAUGGAAUGCUUGAAACCUUAAAGAUGAAUCACCAUGAAGCUCUUCAGAAACAAAAAAUUGCACACACUCAUCCUAUGUCAGAAUAUAAUGACAAACAUAUUAUUAAAACAACAGCAUUCAUUUCAUCUGCAAUCAUUACUUCUAUAUUUAAAAAAGGAGGUAUGGCUUACACAAAUUUUGUCAACCUUACGUUGAAAGCCAAAAUUAUUAGAUAUCAAGUUUUUUCAUACCAUUGGUGUAGUUGGGAAAGGGCUUAA